AUGGAGGACGACGAAGCAGAAACUGGUAACGCGAGACGAAUGAAAAAGCAAGUAGGAGAGAAGACGAAGAAGAUGACAAUCGAAGAAUACUUUGAUUUCUUCAAAUCUCGCAAUACACACUCCAAAUCAAUCACUUUCCUCAAUCAGAUCAUACACAUGCACGGAUUCCAAAAUCUUCACAGAACGAAGACGAAGAAAACGAUAGCUGAUGCCGUCAGCGGAUUGGAUCUAAUAGACCUCUCUCGAUCCACACUGAGACAGAGCAAUGUGUCCUCAGUAGCAACCCUAACUCUCGAAGAAGUGAUAGUCGACAUCAAUGCUCUUAAGUGGCGAGAGUGUUCUGUCACAUCGCUCCAGACUCUCAAUGCCGAGGAAAAGACUCAAUCCAUAGCCAAGCCAAAACGGAGAGAGACGACGAAGAAGAGGAAGAGAAUAUCGAUGAAGACGCUGCUCAAAUCGAGUAAAGGUAGUUUGUGA